UAAAAACCGUUUAACUAACACAUCAAUAACGGCGUCGCCAUCGACCGCCUUUCGAAUAGUAAAGGAAAAAUUAACGGCUACAUUGCGAUCCCUCCACUCUCUCUCUCUCUCUCUCUCUCUCUCUCUCUCUCUCUCUCUCUCUCGUUCAUCGGAAGACUUCCUUCUUGUCUCAGUUUUCUGUUCUCCUCUCACUCAUCCCCUCCCCCCAACCCCAAACAAAAGGAAAACAGAAACCCCCACUGUCAAAAUCGCAGUGACGGUGACAAGAAAGAUAGUCGGCGACUCUGCGGCGGUAGAAACCGAAACAGAGCACUCUUAUUUCUUCUAGAUCUCUUGGAGCAGAGUAACACAGAAGAAGAAGCACUGUAAUCUUGAGAAGAAGAUUCGAUUCUUGAAUUUGAGAGGAUAAAAUUAAACUUCAGUGUCUUUUGCAGAUUCUUUGCAAAGAUGAAUGAUUUGAUGACCAAAUCGUUCUUAAGUUAUGUGGAACUGAAGAAACAGGCGCAGAAGGACCUCGAAGCGGAUCUUGAUGUCGAAACAGGCGCAGGCAAACUCAACCCGUCCGGCCAAGAAAACCUCUCUCAGUUCUUCCAAGAAGUCGGAGCAAUCAAGGCCGACAUGGAAGAGAUCACCAAUCUCUUGCACGAUCUCCAUUGCCUGAACGAAGAGGCAAAGUCCACACACAGCGCCAAUAUUCUGCACGGGCUUAGAGACCGGAUGGAGUCUGACACGGUUGCAGUGCUUCGGAAAGCGAAGAUUAUCAAGGCGAGGCUCGAAGUGCUUGAUCAGUCUAAUGCGAUCAACAGAAAAAUGUCCAAUGUGUACAAGGAAGGAAGCACUGCGGAUCGGACUAGAAUGUCCAUCACCGGUGGCUUGAGAGUCAAGUUAAGGGAUCUGGUGGACAAUUUUCAAUAUCUGAUUCGGAUCGAAGGGAAGACGGAACUGGAUAUGGGGAACAAGGUCCGACACGAGGCGGUGAUUGAUAUCCAAGGAAGUCUGACUAAGCUUCAUCAGGUGUUUCUCGACAUGGCUGUUUUGGUUGAGGCACAAGGGGAAGACAUUGAAAAUAUCGAAGAGAAUGUGGCGAAUGCCGGUUAUUGCAUCAGUGGAGGCACAAACAGUCUUCAUUAUGCCAGCCAGAUGAAGAAGAAGAAGAAGUGGGUUUACUGGGUGUGGGCUGUGGGACUGAUUAUGUUGACUUGUGGCCAAGUGUCCAAGUGGACAACAAAACAAACAACUUUCGGCUAAUAAAUAAACCAAAAUAAAAAAAAGGUGAAAGACAUCAUGAUGAGGAGGCAUCAUGAUUAUGUUUGUUGAAAAGAAAAGUUGAUGGUCAUGAUGAUGUUUUUGAAUUUUUUAUUGGGUGAUGAUGAUGUCUCUUUGGCUUUUUCUUAAAGAAAAGAAUAAGGGUUCGGUUGGUGCAAUAAGAGAAAAAAAAAAGGCUCAUUUUGUUUUAGAGAAGAGUGAGUAGAGAGCUGCAGAGAAAAGGAGUGCAUCAGAAAAAUAGAAAGGGUGCAGCAACCCUUCGUUGAAGAGAAGAAGAAAGUGCUCUUCUUUUUAUUAGCAAUCAUCCAUCAUAAUUGUUGUUGUAAUAGCUUUGAGCUAUAUGUAUAGAGAAGAAAUUAUACAUUAUAUUUCUUUCUCUAUUUGUUUCUGUGGUGUGUGAGAGCUAUUGGGUGUAUUGGGUUAUUUGGGUUGUGAG